AUGACACAGGGAGAGAGAGAGAAAAAAAAAUCUACCCUUUUUUAUUUUAAACAGCAGCAGAGACCGGAAGCUUGUUUCAGUAUCCGCGUAGAAAGAGGCGACCCAUUCUUUCCCCGAGACCAAAGUUGUAUGCACUUUGUCCGUGAUCAAGGCGUGCCUCCCUUAAAAUGUGAUAAUGGUAUUCGUCACCAACUUAACGAGAGGACGUCAUUUAUUGAUGGCUCCGCCCUCUAUGGUUCUAGCCGUGAACGUGAAUCGGUGCUACGGACCGGGUAUUUUGGUAGAAUGAGAGAAAAUCGAGAGAAUUUGUUACCGCCGGAAAGAUGUCCGGCGAUCAUUACGACCAGGUUCCAUUGCUUCGCAGCUGGUGAUCCUAGAGCAAGUUUGUCACCAGCUGGAAAUGUCUUGUUUAUCACGUGGUUACGACGUCACAAUCUAAUCGCUGAUGCACUAAGGAGAGCCACAGGUAUAUCAAACGAUGAGACGCUUUUUCAAGAGACGAAGAGAAUCGUAAUAGCCGAACUUCAGCACCUCACUUACAACGAGUAUCUACCCGCAAUGCUGGAUGAAAUUCAUUUGAGGUGGUUUAAUUUACGAUCCAGACGAUCAGGGUAUCAGGAUGUAUAUAAUUCCAAAGUCGACCCGAGAACAUCUAAUGCGUUCGGAGCGGCUGCAAUUCGUGUGGGACAUGGGGAAAUCAGAAAUGACGUAGGAUACGACAAGGGAUUCGGUCGUGUUCAGGUGUUUCCAUUGAAUGAAAAUAUUCUUCGUCCGGAUCUGAUGUUUAACAAUGGAUAUGAGUACAUGGCUCGGUGGAUGUCUAAAACACCUCAAUCAAGAUCCGACAGAUUCGUAGCCGGCGGUUUGAGAAAUGGGUUGCCCUUAACAUUCAUUACAGGAAUGCAUCCAUCGGAAACUCUGACACAGGAUUUGAUAGCCAUUGACAUUCAGAGGGGACGAGACAAUGGGGUGCCGUCCUAUAACGCCUUCCGAGAGUUUUGUGGCCUUCCCAGAGCUCGCUUCUUUUAUAUCGGACCUGGAGGAUUGAUUGACCACCCCCUAGUCGCAGUCUUAAAACUCAGGAAAACUUACAAACACCCGGAUGACAUAGAUUUACUUGUGGGAGGGAUUACAGAAACACCACGUCGACAAAGCAUCCUAGGACCCACAUUCCAAUGCCUCAUCGCCUAUCAAUUUUAUCUCUACAAACAUGGUGACCGUUUUUGGUACGAGCGCACAUUCAAGGAAAAUCCUCUAGCCGCUUUUACUCCAGCCCAGUUAGCGGAAAUUAAGCAGAUGACAUACGCAAAGGUACAAUGUUCUACUAUGAAGAAUAUUGGGAUCAUGCAUUCCUUCCAACCACGUUUGAUGGAACGACCUGAUAGACCAAGGAACUCACCCUUGGCCUGUGACUUGAUUCUUCGAGAAAGCCCUAUUGGAUUCGAUAUAUCCCCUUUUGCACAGCAACUGUUGGAGCUAGGCGGACGCAGACGUCAAGCCCCUCGCGAAUGGGUUUACUCUCCGUUAAACCCGGGGAUGCGGGAUAUUUUGAGUAAUAAGAAUCCUAAAUCACAACGAUAUGUGUAGAGUAUUCUCAAAAUUGAGAGAAAUAGCUCUUUCUAACACUCCGAUCCCGAUGUGAUAUUCUUCUACCAAUCUGUAUCGGGAGCAAAAACUGAUUUUUCAUUUCACCUUAGAAUUUUCAUGCACACACACUCUUCCGCUUAUGUUUGACAUUAUGGUGGACAGAAAUGUACCAUAGCCCCGGGAAGCUGCAGUACACUGCUCUUCGUGUAAGCGUGAAUAACCAACCAUUGUAGAUGAUGUCAUAAGAUAGCGAAAAAAAGCUGGAUAAAAACUGGGUAUGUUUGUUGUACAGUACAUCUUGAAUUCAUGUGGAAAUAAAACUCUGAACUUU